AUGUGCCAGUCCAAAUCAGCCAUCCCUCCAGAGGAACCUCCAGAGGAACCUCCAGUGCAGGGGUCUCCAACCUGUAGCUCGGGAGCUACAGUGGACCCUCCAGUGGACCCUCCAGUGGGACCUCCAGUGGAACCUCCAGUGGAACCUCCAGUGGACCCUCCAGUGGUACCUCCAGUGGACCCUCCAGUGGACCCUCCAGUGGAACCUCCAGUGGAACCUCCAGUGGACCCUCCAGUGGACCCUCCAGUGGACCCUCCAGUGGAACCUCCAGUGGAACCUCCAGUGGGACCUCCAGUGGGACCUCCAGUGGAACCUCCAGUGGACCCUCCAGUGGACCCUCCAGUGGUACCUCCAGUGGACCCUCCAGUGGACCCUCCAGAGGACCCUCCAGUGGAACCUCCAGUGGAACCUCCAGUGGAACCUCCAGUGGACCCUCCAGAGGACCCUCCAGUGGAACCUCCAGUGGAACCUCCAGUGGACCCUCCAGUGGACCCUCCAGUGGAACCUCCAGUGGAACCUCCAGUGGGACCUCCAGUGGGACCUCCAGUGGAACCUCCAGUGGACCCUCCAGUGGAACCUCCAGUGGAACCUCCAGUGGAACCUCCAGUGGAACCUCCAGUGGACCCUCCAGUGGAACCUCCAGUGGGACCUCCAGUGGAACCUCCGGAGGAACCUCCAGUGGAACCUCCAGUGGAACCUCCAGUCGGACCUCCAGUGGAACCUCCAGUGGACCCUCCAGUGGAACCUCCAGUGGAACCUCCAGUGGACCCUCCAGUGGACCCUCCAGUGGAACCUCCAGUGGGACCUCCAGUGGAACCUCCAGUGGACCCUCCAGUGGACCCUCCAGUGGACCCUCCAGUGGAACCUCCAGUGGAACCUCCAUUGGAACCGUCCCUAAAGCGAAAAUCACUACAACCUGCUCUGAAUUCAUCAACCAUCUGGAAAUUCUCGGUGGAAUCUCAACAACCCUCUUCUGAAGGAGAAAGUUUUUGCCGAGCGAUUGAUUGGCAAGUAUUUCAGAUAAGGCUGCCGUGA